UGUUUUGCUUUGCUUUCACAAAACAGAAGGGUUUCAAAUGUCAGUUGAGGAACCCCUUCCCGCCAACCCCACAACCUCCAGAGCUCUGCAACAACGCCUCUUCUCUCUACUACAGAGCUGCAACUCGAUCAAAAAACUCACCCAAAUUCACACCCAAAUAACAAUUCACGGACUCACACAAAAAAGCUACAUUCUUGUUCGGAUUUUAUCACUCUAUGUUGCUUCUGGGUGUCUCGAUCAUGCCCGCAAAGUUUUCGAAAAUGUCGAAAACCCAAGUACUACUGUGUGGAACCAGAUGAUCAGAGGCCACGCUCGGAGCGAAACUCCGCGGAAAUCUGUUGAAUUGUAUAAACGGCUGGUGGGUUCGGAGGCGGAGGCUGAUGGGUUUACUUAUUCAUAUGUUCUUAGUGCUUGUGCGAGGUCGGGGUUGGUGAGAGAAGGGGAACAGGUGCACGGGAGGGUUUUGGGAAGUGGGUUUGAUUCCAAUUUGUUUGUUCAGACCAGUUUGGUUAAUUUGUAUGCGACGGGUGGAGGGUCGGCUGGUGGUGUUGAGUAUGCACGCCGGGUGUUUGAUGGUAUGCGUGAGAGGAGUGUUGUGAGUUGGAAUUCGCUGCUUGUGGGGUAUAUAAGGUGUCGGGAUGUUGAUGGGGCGCGGAGGAUUUUUGACGAGAUGCGGGAGAGGAAUGUUGUUUCAUGGACCACCAUGAUUGCGGGGUGUGCUCAGAGUGGGAGGUGUAAGCAAGCUUUGUCUUUGUUUGGUCAGAUGAGGAGGGCCGGUGUGGAACUGGAUCAGGUGGCGCUAGUGGCAGCAUUAUCAGCCUGUGCUGAAAUAGGGGACUUGAAACUGGGAAGGUGGAUUCACUGGUACAUCGAAGAGCAAUUGUGGAUGAAGUCGCAGCCACGGUUGGUGACUCUGUACAAUGCACUCAUACACAUGUACGCCAGCUGUGGUUUAAUUGAUGAUGCCUAUAAGUUAUUCAAGCAGAUGCCAAGAAGAAGCACUGUCUCAUGGACCAGCAUCAUCGUUGGAUUUGCAAAACAAGGUCGCGGGGAGGAAGCUCUUCGUAUCUUUCAGUUGAUGCUAAGCUCGGGAGUUGAUUAUGUAAGACCUGAUGAAAUCACUUUCAUUGGUGUCCUGUGUGCUUGUAGCCAUGCUGGAUUAGUUGAGGAGGGCCGCCAGCUUUUCAAGUUCAUGACCCAAUCUUGCGGACUCACCCCGAGGAUUGAGCACUAUGGGUGCAUGGUUGAUCUCUUGAGCCGAGCAGGUUUUCUAGAUGAAGCGCAUAUGCUUGUGGAGAGUAUUCCUAUGAAUCCAAACGAAGCUGUUUGGGGUGCUCUCCUUGGCGGUUGUAGGCUUCACAAGCACGCUGAACUCGCAUCAAAAGCGGCUCAAAAAUUAACAGUUACACUUGACCCUGACCAGGCUGCAGGAUAUCUUGUGCUCUUGUCAAACGUGUAUGCCUCCGCUAAAAGAUGGCUAGAUGUUGCUUGUGUGAGACAGAAAAUGGUUAAGAUGGGCGCGAAAAAGCCCCCGGGUCGAAGUUGGGUUCAAAUCAAUGGAGCUGUUCAUAGUUUUGUGGCAGGUGAUAGGACCCAUAAGGAUGGAUCUUUGAUCUACGAGAUGCUUGGUGAGAUCACUAAACCAGACAUAUCAGAUGUGCUUUUCCAUAUUGAAGAAUAGGAAAAGAGAAAAUCCUUAGCUUCCCUAAGACUGGAAGGGUAAAUCCGACAGAAGCUCGAAGGGCUUGCAUGAAACGGGAGCGCUGCAUGGAAAAAUUAAAACAUGUGGCGACGCGUGAUAAGUUUGAGACAUUGCCACCUUGAUGUCCCCUUUCUCGGAACAUAAGCAUGUCCUCAAUUUUCUCUAGAGGUUUUUACCCUUUAAAGUUAAAACUCUUUGUAAAUUAAAUAGAUUUACCAUUCUUUGUAUUUGUAAUUAGUGGGGUUGCAUUACAAAGAAUGCAACUAGACGUGGGAAAUGGGGCUACAUGUGGCUUUGCAGUUAGGGUUUUGUAUCAAGCUUUGGUCACACACCAAGGCGAGGAAUUAGAUACCAAACCUACAUUCCCCUAUUGCUUCUUUACUCAUAUUACCUACCUUUAUUCAUGCAUGAAAUACCAACGUUUUUAUUUGUCAUGUGCAAA